AUGGACAUCCAAAGCAGUUUGACCCUUUUAAGGAUAAACUCUGCUGCAAAUAGUUGAACCAAGCAAAAACUCCAUCGUGAUCUUAAUUUUGCUGGGAAUAGUGCUCUAAUUGUCAAAACUAGAAAUUUGAAAACCUCAUUCCCUGAGAAAAGGCAGAUAACUCAGGAUAAAAAAUAAAACUCAAUCAAUCACUGAGAUCAUGACUCCGUCACACAGUUUCAAUUAUGUUAGCUAUGAUGGGUGCAAAGAUAAUAUAUCCCAGUCACCUACUUCACUUCCAAAGAACAGAAAUUUGAUAACCUUUAUUACAAGUUUCAGGGACAAGUCUAAAUUUUGAUUUAAGAGCAUGAUGAGGCUGCAGAGAGAUAGGUUGUGAAGAAAGGAGAAGAGGAGGAGAGGGGAGUUGGAGAAAGCGGUUACUAUAAGAAGGAUGAGGUGUAGGGUGGGAGAGAGUCGGAAGUGUUUGAAGAGGGGCAAGAGAGAGAAGUUACAGCUUAGAGAUGCGUUUACGAUGCCUAGUGAGCCUAUGAAAGUUGAGUUUAUGAAGAAACCUGAUUUUUGAGACAUUAGAGCCUAAUUCUCCAGCGCAGAAUUUGAGUAAAGUAAAAUUUCAGAGAUUUUGUAAGAAAAAGCAAAGAGAAAUGCACAGAAGUCUUGAUUUUGUUCAAGGAAGAAGAAUUGGCAGAGUUCGUAGAGCAAAACCGAGCGAAAAAGCUCAACAUUUAAUAAAUAUAAUGACAAAUAAACAACCAUCCCAAGAGGAAGAACUACCUAAUCAUAUAAAUGUAAAUAUUCUGAUAAUUUUCUAGGCUUUUGAUUGCACCUUUGGGGUUGAUAAGAAGCCUCAAAAGAAAAAGAUUAAUUUCAAACUAAAAAGACCUCCCCAGUCUAAAUCCCAAGAAAAAUCAAGCAAAUCCUCUUCCUUAGCUUACAAGAACCAUCAGAGGCUCAACAAUUGGGUAAUAGACUAAAAUCUCUUAAAAUAUUUCAAUUC